AUGUUUGACAUGAAUUCCUUAUGGAUUAUAACUGAAAUUCUUGAUGAUGAAUCUGAUGAAGAAAUCUAUGUAAAAAAGAGAAUCGGUGAUAGAAAAUAUGUUGAAGGAGUGACAAAGAUUAAAGAAGCAAAAAGGAAGAGGAAUAGUGGGGACAAUCGUGCAGCAAUAAAGAAACAAAAAACUGUGAAAGAGAAAAAGACUGUGAAAGAUAUAUUGAAGGAGUUGCCUUCAAUAAACACUAGAUCGACACCUGGAUUGAUGACAAAUGUUGUAAGUUCUUUGACAUCAGAACAAAAAGAUUGGGUGAAACGGAUGGGAUUUAAAGCAUUUUUGAAGAUCAACAUUAAGAGUAUUCCUUUAAAACUUUGCCAUUUUGUGCUUAAGCAUUAUGAUGAAGGCACAAACAGUAUUCUGAUUAAAGGAAAAAGAAUAAAGAUCACAAAGGAAAAAAUUCAUAAAGUGUUUGGUUUACCCAAAACUGGAAAAAGCUUAUUUGACUUGGACAUUGUUAGUGAAGAUCAUUAA